AUGGCUGCAGAGAACCGGGGCUGGUUCUACGUCAAGGUGCCGGAUGCCAGUGAGCCCCGGGCUCAGGACAUCUAUGAGCUCCGCGUGCUGCCCAUGCCGGUGGUUGAGGAGGGGAUGAUCCUCGUCAAGAAGACGAUGAUUGUGGUUGCUCCGAUGGCGAGGACGUACCUGGAGAUCCCCAACUUCGAUACAAAGACUGAGAAGUUGGGCCUGAAAAAGACGCAGUUGAACCAGCCUGGCAAGUGCGAGUCAGUUGGGAUCGUGAUGGAAAGCAAGAGCAAGAAGUACAAACUUGGUGAUCGGGUUUUGCUGCCCUUCAACGACCUGCUCGAGUACUCCGUGCACCGCGACGAUGGCAAAGACAGCGAGUUCGGGCCUCCCCUCAAGGUCUUCGAUUUUGUGCGUACCGAGACGCAGCUGACCGCUUUGUCUCCUGGGGCAGGUUUGACCGCCUACUGCGCGAUGAACCAUCCGUGCGGUCGUGUUGAGGAGCCGCUCUGCUCGGGUGGCUUGCUGUCUUGCUUCAAGGGCCUCUUCCAGAAGAAGCCCCAGAAGACCGUGCUGAUCACCUCCGCAGCCGGUGCAGUGGGCACUAUUGCAGGUCAGCUCUACAAGAGAAAAGGCUGCAAGGUCAUCGGCGUCACCGGUACGCGCGAGAAGGCGGACCAACUCUUGAACUUCGGCUACGAUGCCGCCAUUGCGUACAAGACGGAGGAUAUGGACCAACAGCUUGCGCAGCUGGCCCCAGAGGGCAUCGAUGUCUUUAUGGACAAUGUCGGCUCGCACCAGCUCGACAUCGGCACGAAGCACAUGAACGUUUCGGGGAAGGUCGUCAUCGUGGGUUGCAUGAGUGAGGUCGACCGUUUUGGCCACGAGGUCCACGGCUACAAGGGAUAUCUGCACGUAGCAGCUCGCGAACUGACCGUGGGCGGAUUCCUGGUUUACAACCACGUGAAGGAAAUUCCUCUUGCCAUCAUGUCAAUGGCCUGGAUGCUGCAAAGCGGUGCGGUUAAGCCUGCAGCGACCGUCGUUGAGGGCAGCUUCGAAGGCUGGGCCAAGACUGUCGACGCCAUGAUGUCCGGGGCGACCUUUGGGAGGCUGCUGCUGAACUUGGCGAAGAGCUAG